AUGGUUUCAACCGGGAAAGAAGCAAUGGAGAAACGGACCAUCAUCCUAAUUGUUGCUCUGUUGGUGCUGAUUGUGAUUGCGUUGGCUGUAGUUCUUCCCGUCUAUUUUUUUGUGAUAAAAAAAUCCGAUCAAUCAUCUGACAAUCCAUCAUCUGAAGAUCCAUCAUCUGGUGGACCCUACAAAAGAGAGGCCGUCGCCACGGAUACACCGCAAUGCUCCCAAAUCGGCAAGGACAUUCUUAACGCCAACGGCUCGGCCGUGGAUGCCGCCAUCGCCGCCAUGUUCUGCUUGGGGGUUAUAAGCAUGCAUUCGUCGGGGAUAGGAGGAGGUGGAGUAAUGCUGGUGUACAACAGAAGCCUCCAGGAAGCCAGUGUCAUCGACUUCAGAGAAACCGCUCCAGCACUAGCAAAAAGGGACAUGUUUAAGGGCAACGAGGAGAAAGCCCAAAAAGGUGGUCUGUCCAUUGCCGUGCCUGGCGAGGUACGCGGUCAACACGAAGCCUGGAAACGAUAUGGCUGGUUGCCAUGGAAACAACUCGUUCAACCUGCCAUCGAUUUGGCCAGAAAUGGAUUUGAAAUAACAAAAGCUGUGGACGAUGCUCUGAAAACGACAAAAGGAAUCGAACAGGACAUCAGAAAUGAUCCAGGAUUGAGCGAACUGUUUCUGGAUAAAAACAAAAAGCUUCGUGAAAGAGGAGAUAAAAUCAAGAACGAAAAGUAUGCAAAGACCCUGGAACAAGUGCAAAACAAUCCCGAAUCGUUUUACAGUGGACAGUUGGCCAAUGAUAUCGCGAAAGAUAUGAGAAUAAUCAAUGGGGCCGUGACUCUGGAAGAUCUGAGGAAAUACAAGUCGAUCAGCAGAACGCCAUAUAAGGGUGAACUCUCGGGCAUGAAUAUGUACCUCACCCCGCCCCCCACAAGCGGUGCCGUUUUAGCGCUAAUCUUGAACAUUUUAAAAGGUGGGUGUUGUUCUUCAAAGUUUUUUUUGUCCUUAUUUUAUUCUCUGUCACCUGAGUUGGAAGAGGUCAUCAACAUCAAACAUUCUUGAAAAGAUAUAUAUGACAGAAAAUAUCUUGAUCCUUGCUUAAUUUAAAU